CCUUUGUUUAGACCAAACCCAAUUGCCCGACCCGCAAACGCAGACCAAUAAUCUCUUUCGGGUUCGACCUUUCUCUCACGAGUCCCACUGCAGUUAUUGCUUUCUUUUCAGGAAAGAGUUUGAAGGUAGAUUAUACGUCAUUGUCAUGGUCAAUGCCACUAAAGGAGUGUUUAUUUCCUGUGACAUACCCAUGGCCCAAUAUAUCAUCAAUAUGAAUGCUUCACAGCCAGCAUCUGAGAAGUUCAUUAUACAUAUCUUGGAUAAUACCCACAUGUUUGUUCAACCCCAUGUCGAGCAAAUGAUACGAAGUCAAAUUGCGAAGUUUAGAGACGACAAUACAUAUGCUAAGCCCAAUUGAUUCCGAACGGCUUUUAUGUUCUAUGCUAUAUCUCUAAAUGAAAUAUUCUGGCACAUUUGAUGUUGAUUAGUAGUUGAUUUUAUUAAACCCGUUUCUUGUAUCCAUAUUUAUCUUCUUGAAAAAAUGAUAUUAUUA